AGGACACACAGAGGGACAGAGAAAAAGGGGGAGAGAAAGAAAGAAAAGAGCCCGUGCGUGUUUUCGCAGGCGGAGUUUCGUUCUUGCGCACCGUUGGAAUUCACUGUAUCUGUAUUUUUUUCCUCGGGAUUUGUGGAGGAGACAGAAGGAGCGAGAAAGCGCCGCCAGCGAGCAGAUGUUAUAGCUGGGCUAUCCUUGUUUCCAGCCUGACAAUCGAGCGUAUCAUCUACUAAAAUGUGGCAGCCUGCGUCGGAGCGAUUGCAGCAUUUACAGACAAUGCUUAAGACCAAACUCAACGUGCUGACGCUCCGGAAGGACCCACUGCCUACGGUGAUCUUUCAUGAACCUGAAGCCAUCGAGCUGUGUUCCACCACACCUCAUAACAAGAACCGCGCACACACAGGAUAUAAGGUGACCUACCUUGGCAAUGUGACGAUUUCCGGCACUCAUUUCCUGUCUGGCUGCACAGAGUCGGCUGUGGUGGGAUUAUGCGACACAAAGCGGACAUCUGUCGCCCACGAUGACUCCAUCACCUCUAGCAACGCCAUACUGGAAAUCCGUCCCUUCCAGGUACGACUGCAUCACCUGGACGGACGGGGCGAGGCCACUGUCGCCAUGGACACCUUCCAGGUGGCUCGCAUCGCGUAUUGCACGGCGGAUCACGACAUUAGCCCGAACGUGUUCGCGUGGAUCUACCGGCAAAUUAACGACGAUCUGACGUUCCAGAUGGACUGCCACGCCGUGGAGUGCGAGAGCAAACUAGAGGCUAAAAAACUGGCCCACUCCAUGAUGGAAGCCUUUAAGAAAACCUUCCACAGCAUGCGCAGCGACGGACGCAUCCACAAGAGUGGCUCGUCCGACGAGUUCCCCGAAGAGUUGAGUACACCCGACGACGGCUGAGAGAAGGCCGGAGGGGUCGAGCUUUUCUUAAACGGGGGGUUGGGAACGGGAGGCGAGGGAGCGCAAGUGUGAAUGCGCUCUUUAUGUCUUUGUGCCAUAAUAGAAUAUUCAGAAAAAUAACAAAACAAAACCACAACAAAAAGAAAAUGGAAAUGGUGACAGAAAUUCAAACCACAAACCAAGAAACUAGCCUGCCUUUUUUAUCUUUGCUGCCAGACAGACAUGCCCAUUUUACUCAAGCAUCUGAGCGUCAACAUCAUUAUAAAGUUUUGAACUUUACGACGGUCACACUCCCACUCGAAAGCUGCUGGUUUUGAUAUGGCGCGAGAAGUGGCAAGAACUUGUAUCUGUUAUUCUCCUUUCGUUUAGCCAAUCAAAACCUUGGGCCUAUUCACCUUUUGUUUGGGGACCUGGGAAUUCCUGAUGUGUGUGUGCGGAAAUCUUUUAUGUCAUUUUUUUUUUUUUUUUUUUAGAUAAUGCAGAGAUGUAUUUCCUCUGCUAAGUUGAGAGAAAAAUGAUAUAAUUUUGAUAUUUAUGGCAGGCAGCCAGCCUAGGGCAUUCCUUUACCUUUAUCGGGCCAUAGUAAUUAUAGGGACCAUGCAUCAAUUUAUUUUGUUGUUUUUUUUAAGAUACCAAAAGUCAUUGUGUGUGAGAUCUAGGGUUUGUCUGUCUGCAGCUCAUGAGCCUUUGAAUAAAUAUGGAACGGGUUCUCUACUACAAAAAGCUUCUAAAAGCUAAGUGUGCUCGUCUGUCCAGUGUAGUUUAGUGUGUUUAUGUGUUCUCAAACAUAAAAUACUAGCGCGUGUUAAAUGAGAUGUUGAAAGCGAGACGUUCCAGAUGCAUCGGUAUCUUCACUCAUGCAGGGCUAUAGGUGCGGUCACAUUUAAGGGCUGUUCACACCAAGAACAAUAACUAUAAUGCUAAUAAGGAUGUGAUGGUGAGGAAAUUUUCCCACCGGUUAAUCGACGUGUGAUGACACCGGUAAUACCGGUAUCACCGGGGGAGGGGGGAAGGGUUCCCUCUUUUGCACCUCGCUUUUAAAUUUCUAAUUAGAAAGCGAAAGUAAAAUGCGCACAGUCUUUCAUAAUGGUGCGGAGCAGAGCGAGUGUUUACAUUAUGAAUGCCCGUGCGAAUUAGCGGGCGACAAUUGCUUGAAUGCUGGGUUAUUAUUCUUGAUGAAAAACACAACAACUAGAAAAACACAACUAAUCCUUUGCAGGUUCCCUAUUAGCACUGGGUUUAAAUCCAUUUAGCUUUGAAACCAAAUUUUCCGCCAUUGUCUUGUCAGUCAGCUCCUCACUCUCGUGAUUAAUGAAAUCUGACUCCUCCUGCUGGUCUGUGCUGCGACUCACACUGCACUGAGCAGAUGCAUCCAGCUUUUAAUUUUAGUGUCGGUUCUCUAACUAAACGAAGUGAUUUUUAUUACUAUAAAAAAAUCAAAACAACAGUGGGGGGCAAUGCUGCGGUGGGCAAGUGAUUUAACCGGUGUUGCGGCUGAACACUGGUAACACCGACUGUCGUAGCAAGCUAUAUAUGAUAAAUAUAUUGGUGUCCACACCAAUGCACGAUAUCAUUCUGUUUAUUCUAAGCGCGCUGCAGUUUUGUUGUUUGCCGCUUUAAAUGCUCGAGCUCUUUAAAACAGGCUGGAUUCUGAUUGGCUGUUAAUGUUUUUACCUUCCAUCAGCUGGAAAAAGUUGUUCUGAAAGUGAUUUCAAUGAUUGUUUCUCUGUGCCGUUAUCGUUAUAAUUAUGUUGUUGACUCUGCUAUUCUUAAAACUAUAUCUUUAUCGUUAUAGUCAUCGUUCUUGGUGUGAGCGUGCCUUUACUUUUACUCAGCGAAUUUUGCGAGCAAAAUCCAACAGGAAUCUGUGUAAUCGGGAGUUUCGUGUGAGGGCGAAAAAAUUCCCCAUGGAGAUUUUGCUCAUGUUCAAGUUGGUGCCACACUAACCAACAGAAAGCUGCUUGUUUUGAAAAUGAAUUCUGUGUGAGCGGUGCUUCAUACAUCUCAAUGGAUCCUUUUUCAUGCAAAAUCUCGCUAAUGUGACCGCACCUUAUUUAUACAUCACAUUGUUUCGAUCAUGAACGGAAACUCUUGUUACCGGUCCUUUGUUUGCAUACGAUGUGCCGGGACGUCUUUCUGAUGGGUUUAGAGAGAGUUGUGUGAAUGUUUGCGCAGGGAGAGGGAGGACCCCAAAAGCAUAGCAGUCCAUAGAGUGCCUGUCUCUUACCCCCAUGCUGAAUGUAUGAUGUCUUUUGUGCUGCAAGCGCUAUAUAUGUACUGGUACUGAAAGCCUUGUUUGAUUUAUUAUUUUAGAUUUUUUUAAAUAUACAUUUGUAUUUGCAGGUAAUUUGAAAGCUGUAUAAUGGUUUAGAGCAGGGGUGUCAAACUCAGUUCCUGGAGGGCCACAGCUCUGCAGAGGCUGAAUCCCAAAUGACACACUUCUAUGCACUUUCGGUCUUGUGGACUUAAGUCUGUUAAGUCCACGAGACCGUAGGGUAUCCCAUUCAUCAUUUUAGGUUUCAAUUCCCUUUGCGGCCGCUAUGCGCCCUCGAUGCGCACUUCAGCUGAGCCCACAAGGCCGCGAGCUACGCAGAGGACUUUACCCGGCAGUCAAAGCGGCAGUAUGUCACGAAAGUGCGGACUCAGAGGAAGGUCAUGAGGGUUUAGGGUGCCAUUUGGGAUUCAGCCAGAGUUUAGCUUCAACUCUAAUUAAAUGCACCUGAUCCAGCUAAUCAAGUACUUCAGGCUUCUUUGAAAACGACUGGUAUGUGUGUUGGAGCAGGUUGGAACUAAACUCUGUAGGACUGUGGCCCUCCAAGAACUGAGUUUGACUCCCCCUGGUUUAGAGAGUCAGUUUUUGUACAAGAUGUCAAGACACGUGUUAUUUUGGCUCAAAAUGUUACGCAUGCGUGCUCAUAUACACGGCUCCACUCACCUGUGAAAACCCUGUUAUGGGGACGAUGGAUUGUGGAGCAAUGAGAAGAUGAAUGAACAGACUAUUUUGAAUUCCGAUUUUGAGUCGGAUUCUAAUUUGGAUUGGGAUUGCAUCUGGAUUUGGGAAGAUGAAGAGAACCCUGGGAAGUAAGCAUUUAUAAAUAUAAAGAAAUAUAUAUUAAAAAAAGAUAUAUGCAUUGUAUUUGAAACUCAUUCGAUAAGCUUAUGUAAAUACAAAUGUAUCCAUUUUUUUCCUUUUAAAUACUGCAUUAAAUGUUUGAUAUUUUUGAAUAAAGUGACAAGCACCAUUAAAGGAAUCAGUAUUACGGCCAACUGUGAAUUUGGAUCGGGAGCGGAGGGCAGCCUAUAGCGUGAGUGAUGAAAUGUCGGGAGAGUGAGGAUGAGUGUCUCGUUGUUGUUGUUGUUGUUUUUAAUUUGUAAAAUUGUAGAUGAACAUUCUCACUACAUGUCUUAAUGGCUCAGACUCGCUUUAAUGUUUUGAAAUGUUACCAUAUGUGUUUUUUAUGCUGUAUUUGCAAAGAUAAAAAAGAUACAGUAUAUAUAAACUAUUUACCAAGCUAA